AUGAGUAUCCACAUCCGCGGAAACCAUGCACUGAUCGGGAAUAAGAGGAUUUUCAUCCUGGAGACUGAAGACGGAACAAUCUAUUUUGCAGCGAAGGAAUUGGCAACUGCACUCGGCUAUAAGAACACACGCGAUGCUAUUAUCAAGCAUACGGACGAAAGAUCCAGAACCACACUCGGGAAAAUAAAGGGGGUCGCAAAACGCGACUCCCUUGAUACACCCGGUGGUGAGCAACCCAACAGGGUGUUUGUUACAGAGUCUGGUGUGUAUGAACUUAUAUUUGGAUCCAGACUUCCCUCCGCCAGGGAAUUUAAAUGGUGGGUGGUGGACGAUGUUCUUCCAUCCAUUCGGAAAACCGGGAAAUAUAUGUUACCGGGAGUGAUGCCUGCUAUUGACAACGUAAAGGAUGAAGGAUUACGCCAGCUUCCAUGCUCUGAACAGCCGGAAGCACGAAGUAAACUUGUCCACAAAAGUAAUAUCGUAAAAGAUCUGAAAGCAGUUUUACGUGGGAAGAAAGGUGGGUUGGUUGCACAGGAAAAGAUCAGGCAGACCAAGAAAGAUCUGGAGAAAAAAGAAUUUCAAGGUAUGCGAUCAGGAAAAAGAGAUUACCGAACUUAAAGAUAAGGUAUUAUACCUGCUGGCUGAGAUAGAUGAACUCGAAGAUGAACUGGGUGAACGGGAUAGAAAGAUACGCGAACUCGAAGACGAAAAACUUGUAAAAGAAGAACGGUAAAAAAAAAAAAUUUAUUUCUUUCACUUAAGAAAUAAAAGAGAGAAUGUAUGAUACUAAAAAAGAAGUAGUCCAAGACUUGUACGAUGCUGUACUUUUAACAUCCGGAGUCGUUGGAAUUUCAUACGCUGCGAAAAUGAUUGCGGGUAAAAAUUUAGGUGCACCGUUGACGUUGGAAGGAGCGAUAAAAUUAGGAGUGGCCGUGGCAGGAAGUUCCGUUGCCAUUGCCUAUCUUAAAGACAAAGGUUACGUUCCAAAAACAAUCGGUAAAUAAACUAUGACAACAAAUUUAGUAGUCGGUGGAUUAUUUAAUGCAGUCGCUUUCGCAGGCGCAGGAUUUUUAUUUUCUCACUUGAAUCAAAACGGGUACAAAGAAGAAGUGAAAAGACAUAAUCGUGCGCUGGAAGAAUUAGCGACGGCCAAAGAAAAAUUUUACGAAUCCGAAGUGAAAAGACGGAAUGAAGAAUUACGACGACGACAAGAAAUCUUAGACGCGAAUCAUGAUAUCGAAGAGACGAAUAAAGCGUUAGAUGAAUUAAGAAAUUUUAGCAGACGACAGGAUUUAUCAGCAUUAGACCGUAAACCCAAAUUCGAAGAUUAUUAUCAACCGUCGGAUGAAAUGCAAAAAUAUUUAACGAUGACGGUUGGAAUUUUAGGCGUGGGCGGUGGUUAUGUACUGACGCGAAUUUUUUAA